GGCCAAGAAGGCCGCCAAGAAGGAAAAAGGAAAGGGCGGCAAAGGCGGCAAAGACGAUCUCAAGCCGAAGGUCAUAAGAACCUAUGAAGACGCAGAAAAAGCAUAAAAAUUGUUAUUAUAGUUUAGAAAUAAAUAACCUCAACAAACAUGGAGAAGAAACCAGCAAAGAUCAACAAUGAAGACAGGCAAAAUUUUGUGGCCACUCGGAUGAGUCUGCCGCUUUUUAUGUUGUCUCGUAAUCGUAUUAGGAGGGAAAAUUUGCCACGAGUGGAGAAUCAAUUUAGGCUGGCUGGCCAGCAUUACAACGAGGAUUGCCAGAAGGAAAACCGUCGAGAGGGCUUCAGCAAGGCCACGUUCGAUCACUACCGCCAUAUUACGGGCUAUGACAAGACUCCCAAGAAUCCGUAUCCGGAACGCCGCAGCCUGCACAUCGAUCGGAAUAUGACCAAAUGGCGGGGCUGGCAGCUGCCGCCCAAUCAUUAUGGAGUGCCUCCCGAGCCGUACCUCCGGCUGAAGGGCACCAAGGGCUCUGUGUUCGCCAAGCCACAUACAAACCACAGUCGCGUUUCCAUCAAGCCGCCUCCCUACCAUUUCUACGAAAUUCCGGCAGAAAUCGAGCGUCUCUUCAAGCGCGAAAACCUGCAGAAAGGCAUUUUUCUAUCCAAUGCCCGUGAUCGCCGACCCACAACGCAUGCUAUGAUCUCCAACCUGUCCGGCUGUUGGCGAAAUCCCAAGGACGCCGGUCCUUGCGAUACCCAUACAAAUAUCUUCGAGCUAGCCGCGAAUGCCACGCCCGUGACCAAAACGGCUCGUCCCAAUCCGCACCUGUUCCUGCGGCACUCCUGCGUGCCCACCAAGCCCAAUAGGCUGAUCCCUCGUCACAUCAGCAUGUUGCCAGCUCCGGGUCGCUACUGCACCAGCUACAAGGAUGUGUGUCCCUGUCCGGCGGGCAAGACCAGUGUGCCGGGCCUACAGCUUCUGAUCGAUGACCAGAAGCGCCAGAAGUUCCGCCGCCUGCCGUUCGAACGGAUCAGCCGGAAGCGACUUUGUGAGCCGGAUUGGCGCCACGUCGAGGGUCAGGGUCACCGACACCUGUUCCAAAUGGGGCGGAAGGACAGGCCAAAGCCGCCGAAGAAGGCUGCAACGUCCUCCAAGAAGCAGGGCAAACCGAUAAACAUGUUCGCCGAUGCCAAGUACAUCAAUAUGCUGAGCCAGCCGCAGCGGCAUCCCAUCUCCAUUCGGACGUAUCCGGUGCCUCCUUACGUGCCCAAGAUCACCUACAACUGUGCAGCCAAGCGGGUGAUCCGCAAGCAGUUGAAGAACAACAAGAAGAUCGCCUUUAACAGUGGUCAGGAGCGCUGGAAGGAUGGGGAGCGACCGCUGCAGCUGACCUCUCGCCAGCUGGAGGCCAUCAAGCAAAGGCUUCCGCCGGAGAGGCGGCUCAUGGACUACCCCAUCGAGCUGCCCGAGGUGAUCCCGAGGCGACUGACCCAUGUGCCCGAUCACCAGAGGGUCACCUACAUGCCCAAGCUGCGCAAGCGGCUCUUCAAGUUUCUUCCCAUUCCCGGCGCUCGUGUUCUGGUCACCGAUAGCGAUAUACGGCCGGACAUUGUCUUCGAUCCGGAGCAUCCGACCGGACUGUAUCGGCGCAAGAUCGACGAGACCAUGUUCUUCAAGGACUCCGUGCUGCUGGCGAUGGAGAACAAGGAAGAUUUGGAUGCCAGCGGUUUUGCCGAUUCGCAAUCGCAGUCCCAGCUGCAGUCGGCUCAACAGUCCAUGAUCCGGAAUACCGUCACCUUGGUGGAUCCGGCGGACAAGAGGAGCGUUUCUAAGCAAUCGAUUCAUGGUUAAAAUAGCUAAGACGUUUGCGCCAGUUUAAAAUACUUUUCGUUUUUGAUUUAUGGUGCAUGCUCGAGUGAAUUCACGUGGCCACACGAAGCCAAGAAAUGAGCUCAGUGAUGGCCGGGGCCAAAUAAGCUUAAAAGGAAAAUAAAGAUGAGAAAAAUGAUUCACUUGGAAAAUCCGGCUCCGUUUUUAAUUGCUUAGGAUAUAGUGAUGUCGAUGGUUUGAGCUUAUUAGAUAAAUUUAUUCACAGCCUAAAAUGUGUUAUAUUUUAAUAUUAAGUUUCAAAACUUAGAUAGAGAGAAAGUAGUAGGGAAUAUUGA